CUCCUGUUGGACAUUCACCAGAUUAUUGAAGUCCCUCACGCAGCUCAAGAGCUACUUGCAAGUGAGCGUACUCCGACCCUGUCAAUGGCCCUUCCUGCAUAUGAACUCCUGCAGACAAAAUGGACCGAGCUGAAGGGAACCAUUUGGGAACUUGCCCAUUAUAUCGGAAUCGGCCUUGACAAGCUAACUAAUUACAUUCAUCAAGCCAGGAAAACACGAAUCUAUGCACUAGCAAUG